CAAAUGUCAACAUGUUUACUAAAUUUGAUCAAGAUAUAAUUCAACAACAACUCCAAACAAUUCAUUAUUUCUUUAUAAAAUCUUAAAAGAAAAGUACUAAAAAGAAUUGAAAUAAGCAACUGAAAAUAGUGGUUAUAAUUGAAACUAUGUUAAAAGUACAAAGUAUAGAUACAUAUCGAAACUCCGCUGCUGUGGUUAUCGAAAACAAAACGCCGGGUAUUUUUGCGCACUAACUUUUGUCUGUUUAUGGACUUUUAAGACUUAAACUACAUUUAAUAAGUAUGGUGUCUACAAGAAGCGUGCGAUAUAAGUUCAGUGAGGGUGAGCGGGUAUUGUGUUAUGAACCUGAUCCAACUAAAGCAAAAGUGUUGUAUGAUUCCAAGGUUUUAGAAGUAAUAGAAAAUAAAGAUAAACGUGGGAAAAGAAAUGUGGAAUAUUUAAUCCACUUUCAAGGAUGGAAUUCAUCCUGGGAUAGAUGUGUGAGUGAAGACUUUGUCCUUAAAGAUACAGAAGAGAAUAGGCAAUUGCAAAGGGAUCUUGCCGAGAAAUCACAAUUACAACUGGGAGCAUAUUUAUAUAGAAGAGAACGUAAAAAAGGUAGCACCUCAUCAGCUGGUACUGGAACAGCAAAAAGAGCUCGCCAUGGAUUUAGUGAUGAUGGUUCCUCGAGCUCAACUCAACCUGAUGAUGGUGAAACAGCCGCAGACACUGACACAUCAUCGGGUUCAGGUUCAAGUGCUCAGCAACAGCCUUCAACAAAUCAGUCAGUGUCCAGAGCACAAAUUGCAAUACCACCUACACUCAGAGAUCGCCUCACACUGGACUACCACUUGGUGGUUAAACGUGGUAAGGUGGCACGUUUACCGGCUUCUCCAAGUGCUGCUGAAAUACUGGAGUCAGUAGUAAAAUGGUUCGGCAGAGCCGGUGCCUGGAAUCCGCCUAGGGGCAAGCAUGAACCAUUGCAGAAGCCGGAUAUUCUGGAAGUAUCAGCCAGAUUGAAUCUAGUUCGAGAAGUGGCGGACGGUUUACGUGUAUAUUUUGACUUUAUAUUCCGAGGGCACAUGCUCUACAAACAAGAAUAUCCACAGUAUCAGGAAAUGUGUGGACAGUAUAAUAAUUUUCCAACAAGCGUAAACACAGAAGACCAGGAAUACCAAUCACCUGAUGAAGAAGAGAAAGAUAUGAAGAGUCCUCUUCAAGAAUACGCCCAUCUACCACCGGACCCUGAGGACGAUGAACCAUUAGUAAAAAGAGAAAGACCCGAAAAAAGAAUAAUAAAAACAGAGAUAAAAGAAGAACAGAUAGAAGAUAACGAAAUAGAGGCGGGACCUUCGCAAAUUGAUGUGAGAGUUAAAAUAGAAAGGACUGAAGAAAUUAAUGAGAAAACAGAAGUUAAAUCUCAUAUUGAAUCGUAUAAAUGCGAUAAAGUAGAGAAAAUUGAGAAAGAGAAGAAUGGUGAUUCCAAGCCGUUGGCUGUUGCUCGAAGACUGCGUUCACAUAAGUCAGCUGUGUCGCAAUCGGAAAGUGAAGAUGCGAAUGUUGUUCCUACUGCCACUGAACCAAAGGUCUUUGAAACGCACUCUUCAAGUGUGGGCAGUAGCGGGUCAUCGACGAGCGAGUACCGGGGAGAAGCCGAUCGCGUGAACUCGUAUCGACCGUACACGAGGACCCCGCUUUCCACUCUCAUGGAUAAGGUAGCAAAAUUCGAGUUAAUACCACGAGAAGGCACGGAACAUUUGCCAUGUAGAAUUUAUGGAGCUAUACAUUUGGCAAGGCUGUUUGUAAUAUUACCAAUUUAUCUAAAUGCCACCCAGAUGCCAGAUAUGAAGCUGAAAUUAAUUUUGAAAUACGUCGAUAUAUUUGUACAAUACCUGGAUGAUCACAGCGAAUGGUUUGGAGAGAACUUUUAUGUUCCUAACGAUUUUAAUACUAGUUAAAAUUCCAAGAUGUACCAAAAAUGAUGUUAAAAUGUAAAAGGUUAUCGCGCCAUCUAGCGGUGGCACAACUAACUGAAACUUUUGACAGAUCUACAUUGAGUAAAAAGCCGUCGCUUUGCAAAUGAACUCGAAUUGUUUUAUAUAACAUUUUACAUGGUCGAAUCUGUUU